CCCCUAGGCAGUAUUGUCAAAAUUUAUAAAUCAAGAUUUUAGAUUUUUCAAAAAUAUCAAAAUUAUUAACUUAAUUCUUCCGGUCCAAUGCUUUUCUCUUUAAUCUUUCGAUUGGCUUUGGUGGCUGGGACCGUGUAUGCCACCAAGGAGCUGGAUAUCUGGGGCCCUGCCUCGAACUCGGAGGAUCUGAUAAAGGCAGCCAAAAAGGAGCUGGGUCCUUAUGCGGAGAACAUGAAGCAAUCGGUGUGCUGCUGGCGGUGCAAGACCUGCACGGAAGUGACGGUGGAUAAGCCGUGGCGGGAGUCGUUUGUGGAUGCCUGGAAUGAUACCAUCAAGAAAGCCUUCAAUGGCUUAGGCAUUGAUGUACCCGUUUACUUUAGGCGAUUUCAGGAUGACGUAGCCAAUGGCAUCGAUGACUUGGUCAACAUCAACGAGGAGUGGUAAUAGAAUUUGGAACAUAUCUAAUUAUUAUUUGGAGAAUCAUGUAAAAUUGUAUUUAAAUAUAUAAAAAAGUAACUAAU